AUGAAAUUUGGUAUUGCUGUUGCUCUUGCUAUUGCUGCGGCAUCACCAUUCAUAGCGGCAUGGCCAUUCAUGAGAUGGGUUUGGGGGGAAAUCAGGGACCCCUUGUUCAAUGCAGUUAAAGGUGAGAUUUGUUACUUGUUUCACUAUGACCACAAUAUUCACAAGGUUGGAGUGGAAGCUGAGAAGCUUGGGUGUAUCAAAGAAAAGGUGGACACAUUGUUCCAGAGAAUCGGCGACGUUGCUGAAGAUGGUGUCCAGACCUGGCUUGCUGAUGUGCAUGUUAUCACCGCAUGGGUCAAUGAGCUUAUGGAAGACAAAGCUAAGGUAGACGAGGGUUGCCUAGGUAGAUGGUGCCGAUACCAGUUGAGCAAAAAAGCAAAUCAGAAAACUGAUGAAAUUACUGCCCUCUAUGAAAAGGGCAGCAAAUUCAAUAUUUUGUCCCGCCCUGCUCCACCACCUAAAACAAGAGCAUCAGUCACGGCCCAGAUUAUCGAUGCUUUGAAGGACGACAACACUGACUCUAUUGGAAUUUGUGGAAUGGGAGGUGUUGGUAAGACGACACUAGUGAAGGAAAUUGGCAGACGUGUCAAACAGACUGAGCUAUUCAGCGAGGUUGUGAUGGCCGUUGUUUCUAAAACUCCAAUCGUGACAAAGAUCCAAAAGGAAAUCGCAUACAUGUUAGGCCACGAGCUAGACGACACUGUCAGCGAAUCAACCAGAGCAUGGUUAUUAUGGCAAACAAUAAAGGCCAGGAAAAAACCAGUCCGGGUAAUACUUGACAAUGUUUGGGGCAAACUUGAUCUGGAGGCUGUCGGCAUUCCUUUCGGGAAUGAUCACAAGGGUUGA